CAUCGUCGGUCUGGUCAGUCUCGCACGGGCACCGGCAUGGAGAGGAUCAUCCUUACCGCUUUCAAGCCAAACUCAUCAUUCAAAAACCGAUUAGCUUUCAUGCAGGUGUUUUUGUGUGUCCCUAAUUUAAACAAGGGUUCAACCUGCGCGAGUUUUUACUAAAUUAAACACAAUGAGCCGAUUAUAAGAAAUAUUCAGCAUCUUCCAAGUGCUCCACAUUUGGAUCGUACAGUGUGAUAUUGUUCGCUAAUCAGUUCAAUCAACACGAAAGGAAAAAGGUGUGUCACCAAUCAACGAUAACGAGAUGAGCUCUGCUGGUAACACAUUUCUACGUUUGAACUCGACUGUGAGUCAGCCCGGUAGUCCUACAAGCCUCAGGGGUGCUGAAAGACUUUCCAUGAUGGGCAGUGCAGGUGAUGGAGGUGUAACAAUCGCCAUGAUUGGAACACCAUCGGUCAACGGUACUGCAAAAGGCACCAGAAGCAGCAGGUGCGGGGGAGUCUGCUGGCGUUACCUGAGCUCUAAUCCACGAUUACGCAAAGGAUUAGCUCAUGCGGGACUCGUUGUUCUCUUAUGUCUCUACACGGCCGCUGGUGCAUCGGUUUUUCAGUGGCUGGAACAACCUCACGAGCUGGAACAAUCUACAAUUCUGCAAAACCGUGUAGUGGCGCAGCGAGAAGAGCUGAUCAAAAUGUGGAAAGAAGCUCACGACCAUCCAACGUACGAUCAAAGUUUACUCGAAGAACGAAUGAGUGUCUACGAAGAUGUACUUCAGGAAGCCGUUUCUAAUAGGGUACCGUUGCAAGCCGGAGUAGCGUCUGCCCACUGGACCUACACUCAGUCGGUGUUCUUCGCUUCAACAGUUCUCACCACAAUCGGUUACGGGAACAUAGCGCCACAAACAACAAACGGGCGCAUUUUUUGCAUUUUCUUCGCGCUGAUUGGCAUCCCGUUUACACUGACGGUCAUCGCCGAUCUGGGCAUGUUGAUGGCAUCGGCAGUGGCCGCGGUCUACCGUAACAUUAACCAACGAUCUACCUGGACCAAAUCGGAGGCUGCUCAGACGUUCGGCAAAAAAUACGGCAAAUCCUUGUCGGUCGUUCUGGUGGUGGCCCUUCUCAUCGUCUACAUCGCCAUCGGAGGUGGCAUUUUUAUGAUCUGGGAAGACUGGAAUUUUCUAGAGUCCUUUUAUUUCUGCUUCAUCACGAUGACCACCAUCGGCUUUGGCGAUCUGGUUCCAGGCUUGGGCUUUGAUGGCGUCUCUCACCAGCUGGCCACUCCUUCGCAAGUCCUUCACGCUCAAACUGCCUACAUGUUGGUAUCCAUCGCUUACAUUCUUGUUGGUUUGGCACUGACAACAAGUAUCAUCGAACUCAUCCGGCGACAGUAUGCACAAAGUUGGAAGAAGAUGCAAGAGCUCACCAAUCGACUGCAAGGACUGACUGGUCCAUUGGCCGAGACAUUACGUCGAAUCAGUGAACAAGCGGGCAAGAUGAAUUCGGACGGCAAACUUGAUCCAGCUCUGCUCAAGGAAUUGGCUGAUUUGAAAUUCGCGCUGAACGCCGUCAACGCAGAGAUGAGGCGACCGUCAGUUUCCAACUUGUUGCAGCAACCUAUUACAGAAGAGGCGGACGUAUUCGGAAGCAGCACAGCACUGGACGAUUUCAGCUCGAAUGGAAGCAACAGUAGCAAUGCAUGGCCGAUGGAGUGGGACGAAUGUUGGGAAGAACGCUGGGCAGCUAUCGAAGAAAUGAUGAUAAGCAACAAGGCCUUCAAGGAUAGAGUAAUGCGCAUUCUCAGUCAGACUUCAAUCAAAGUUUAAACAAAACAAAAUAGUACGUUGGCGAAUAAAUUGUUGUCUCGAAAUUCAAGUCAUACCUGCACUUUGCCUCCAUUGAUUUAUAGAUGAAUGAAAAUUUGUAGAGUUUGUGUUUAUCGAUUGUUAUUCCUCUCUUUCUCUCUUUCUACUUCUAGUCCACCAGCCAUUCACCACCAUCGAAUACCGUUCACUUUUGUGGUUACCUUAGGUCGUUUAUGAAAUUGUUAUUCGCAUAACUCUACACAGUCCCUCCAGCAUAGUUUUAGAAUAAAAUAAAAAGCGGAUGUUUAAUGAAAUAACCUGAUGGCCUUAACAAGGUGUAAUCAAUUGAGGUUUAAUACUCUGGCUCCCGUGACGUUCGCUAGUCUGAUUCCGACUGUGCCCCCGCAUCCAUCACAAGGUCGCCAUGUUCAAACAAUUUUGUUUUGAUGCACAAACUGCGACUUUCAAUCUGUUCGGUCACUCACUAACACUAUUUUAUUUUGGCUCUUCCAUCGUUUGUUGCACUGCUGAGAUUGCUGGUCUGUCUGUAUCUAUGUCUGCAAGCGAAUUUGUCUGUGCGUGUCGUGUUAAACUGUGUACCUUUAUUUCAAAAAGACUGUAUGAAUAUCGGUAUACAAGGCGAAUUUAUGCGAUAAUCGAUCGCAACUGGUAA